AUGUCUGUGCGGGAGCACACAGCAGCACAAGCGGACAGAUUCAUGCAAGAAACUAUACAAGUGCCAUGUCUGCCCUGCGAAGUUCAGCCGGAGUGCUCACCUGCAGCAGCACAAGCGAACACACACAGUGACAGCGGGACCCUACAGCGUCACAAGCGGACACACACAGGUGAGAAGCCAUACAAGUGCGAUGUCUGCCCUGCGGAGUUUAGCCGAAGUGAGCUACUACAGCAGCACAAGCGGACACACACUGGUGAGAAGCCAUACAAGUGCGAAGUCUGCCGUGCAGAGUUCAGCCUGAGUGGGACCCUACAGCAGCACAAGCGGACACACACGGGUGAGAAGCCAUACAAGGGCAAUGUCUGCCCUGCGGAGUUUAGCCGAAGUGAGCUACUACAGCAGCACAAGCGGACACACACUGGUGAGAAGCCAUACAAGUGCGAAGUCUGCCGUGCAGAGUUCAGCCUGAGUGGGACCCUACAGCAGCACAAGCGGACACACACAGGUGAGAAGCCAUACAAGUGCGAUGUCUGCCCUGCGGAGUUUAGCCGAAGUGAGCUACUACAGCAGCACAAGCGGACACACACUGGUGAGAAGCCAUACAAGUGCGAAGUCUGCCGUGCAGAGUUCAGCCUGAGUGGGACCCUACAGCAGCACAAGCGGACACACACGGGUGAGAAGCCAUACAAGGGCAAUGUCUGUCCCACGAAGUUCAGACUGAGCGGACAGUUAUGGCAUCACAAGCGGACACACACGGGCGAGACGUCAUACAAGUGCGAUCUGCCAGGCAGAGUUCAGACAGCGCAGAACCUUGUCACGUCACAAGCGGACACACACGGAGUUCAUGUACAGCACGAACACACAGAGUUAGAGAAGAAGAAGCUGCUACAGCUAGUUCAGCCAGAGCACGAAGCCUGUGGUUUAACAUGCAGCAAAGACACACUUGUGAUGGCAACCAUGCAAGUGCUUAGAGGCCGCGUACACGUUAAGGGUUGCAGCCCCUUGGAGAGACAUAGCUUUGAGCUCAAAAAUCUGACUCAUCCUGGUGCUGAAAAGAUCGAAUACAACCACCAGGAGACUUCUUCACCAGAGCGAGAAGGAAUUCCACGGCUGGCCAUGGCACACACGCCAAAAGAAUAA